AUGUCUGGAGAUGGUGGUGAAGAUAAUAUAAAAAGAAGGUUCUUUAAAGAUGAGCUAGAAAGCUCGGUUGAUAACUCAUCGACGAUUGAUAUAUCAUUCGAUAAAAAGGACUCUAUCUUAUUUGGAAAUAGUUCCAAUAUGAUGAAAGUUGAAGAAGAUCAAGAUAAUACGCAGUUUACAGAUGAAAAAUUUAAGGAAUUUCAAGUCAUUCUAUCUGGAAUGUUACCUGAUAUUGAAAACGAUUUAAUAAACGAUCUAUAUAAAAGAUUUAAAGACCAUGAUAAUUUAUAUGAUGCUGCUGUUGAAUUUUAUUUUUCGAAACAGGAAGUAUUGGAACAUAAGGUUUAUGAAGAAAACAUAAUUCAGAUCGAGGAAGAAGAUGAAGAAGAGAAUAGACAGAAGAACAUCGAUCAGUAUCCUUCUUCAAUAUCUGAAAUCCAUAAUUCCUCUCAAGAAAUGCCUAAUGUAUAUCCACUUCGAAAAAGACGAAAAGAAUAUGGAUUUAGGGAAUCAAAGCAGCUGAAAAAAUCGAUAGAUUGGAAACGAUUCAUUGGAGCUUAUCAAGUUAAUGCUAUGAUAACAAGACCGAUGUUAAAGCCACUGCAGUAUGGAACUGGUUUCAAAAUUGUGAAGGAUAUAGGCAAACAGCAACGCAACAAAAUAUAUUCAUCGUCAGGAAAAAAUAACUUAUCAAUGUCAAGUUUUGUUAAGAUAUAUGAUUCUCAAACAAAUAGAGAAGUGGCAAAACUACCAGAGCAUAUAAGUGAUAUUAUUUUUCCAUUAUUAGAAAGAGAUGAAUUUAUAUUUGAUUUAACAUUAAUAUAUUCGGAGCCAAGAAGACUUAGGAUAGGUGAUAACAUCGUGCUACAGCUGGAUGUGUUUUUAACUUCCACUCUAUUUUCUCAAGGGAAAGAUAUAAACAUAAGCCAAAACAAUAUUACAAAACAAGCGUUUGCGUUCCCGAAUAUGAAAUUAUCAGAAACAAUUACUGAGAUUGAGAACAGGGAGUAUCAAACAGCGAUAGUAAAAAUAUUUUCUCUGUUGAAUGUAAUAGAGGUAAUUGAUGAGAAUGUAUCUUUUUUAGAUUCAGAUGAUAAGAAUGAGGAUUCAGCAAUAAUUAUUGAUCUGGAAGGCAAUGAUGGAACUACUAACACUGAUAUUGACAAUUCUAAUAUAGUAGUACGUGAUAAUAUUGAAAGCUCACAAUUGUCACAGGGGAAUGAAUUGAAUAUCAAUCAAAUUAAUGCAUUUUAUAAAGUAGUUCAAUCUGACAAUAGUAUAUUGAAAAUUCCAGAAACAACGCCAGACAAAACUAAAUUCAAAUAUUCAUUAAGAAGAUAUCAAAAGCAGGGUUUAACAUGGAUGCUAAAACAGGAACAGGAAUUUAGUAAAUUGGGGUAUGAUAUUGAAAGAGAAGGGCAAGUAGAUGUCGUAAAUCCAUUUUGGAAAAAAUAUAAAUGGCCAAAAGAUAUGUCAUGGGAAAACCAAAAAAUAGGUACAGAGAAAGAUGUUACAUUUGAAGCAAAUUAUUUUUAUUCAAAUUUGUACACAGGUAAAUUCGCGAUUGAAAGACCGAUAAUGAGAUCUACUUUAAAAGGUGGAAUUUUGGCUGAUGAAAUGGGAUUAGGAAAAACUAUUUCAGCUCUUGCAUUAAUAUUAACGGUACCAUAUCACAAGGACAUGCCAUUAGAAAUUCCUGAUCUUUCAUCACAGCCUAAUAACAAACUUAAUAUUAGUUCACAUGUCUCUCAGAAUUUGCCAUAUGCAUCUAAAACCACUCUUGUUGUAGUACCAAUGUCAUUGUUAACUCAAUGGUAUGAAGAAUUUAACAGUGUGAAUGCCAAAGACGAACUGAAAUGCGAGAUUUACUACGGUGGAAAUGUUAGUAGUUUAAAAUCGUUGUUAAUUAGAAACAAAAAUCCUCCUACAGUAGUAUUAACUACUUAUGGUAUUGUACAGAAUGAAUGGAUUAAACUUUCUAAGGUUACAUCAACUUCAACACCCUCUGGUAAAAAUUUAGGUUUAUUUUCUGUAAAGUUUUUCAGAAUUAUUCUAGAUGAAGGUCAUAUUAUAAGAAACAGAUCGAAUGUGACAUCCAAGGCAGUUCUAAAUUUGAGUGGUGAAAGAAAAUGGGUUCUAACAGGAACUCCGAUUAUAAACCGAAUUGAUGAUCUUUAUAAUCUGAUUAAUUUCUUAAAUAUUGAGCCCUGGUCUCAAGUAAGAUUCUGGAAAAAUUUUGUCACAAUACCCUUUGAACAGAAGGAGUUUAAGAAAGCUUUCAAUAUAGUCAAUUCAAUCAUCGAGCCUAUUUCCUUAAGAAGAACAAAACAAAUGAAAGAUACUAAUGGCGAACCACUAGUAAAAUUACCGGCCAUAGAGGUUCUUAUAGAAAAAUUAAACAUGAAUGAACCUCAGUCAGAUGUAUACAACUACUUACUGCAGGGUGCUGAGCAAUCUGUUAGGAAAGGAAUACAGCAAGGUAAUUUAUUGAAGAAAUACUCUACAAUUUUGGUACAUAUUCUACGAUUAAGACAAGCAUGUUGUGAUAUCCAGCUACUAAAUAAAUCUGAUGACAGUGAUGAGGAUUUAAGAGAUGUUAGUCCUAUUUUAGAAGAUGCGAACUCUUUGACUAAAUUAAUUCACAAAUCAUCUGAAACAAGUGAAUCGCUCAGUAUAAAUUCAAGUAAUAAACAAACCAUAAAUGAAAUCAUUACAACCAAGUAUCUAAUAAACAAUAAGUUCAUUGAAGUAGAGUGUUUUAUUUGUAUCCAAGAGCCAAUAAAUGUCAUGAAUGUAGUGUUCACUCAGUGUGGUCAUUGCUUCUGUGAAGAUUGUAUUCUAAGCUACAUCAAAUAUCAAAUUGAUAAGAAAUCAGAUUUAAAAUGUCCUAUAUGCAGAGAAGAAAUUAGUAAAUCAUCUUUAUACCGGUUUAAAAUAGAUGAUGAGAAUAUACUGACUGUAAUACCCUAUAUAACAUCAUCUAAGUCGGCAAAAAUCGAGGCACUUAUUGUUCACCUGGGCAGAUUAUUUGAAAAAUCACCGGGUGAACAAGUAGUUGUUUUCUCUCAAUUUUCGUCCUACCUAGAUAUAUUAGAGAAAGAGUUAAUGCAAGCAUUACCUAAAAACACUACUGAAAUAUAUAAAUUCGAUGGUAAAUUAUCAUUAAAAGAACGCUCAAACGUGCUACAACAGUUUAAAAUCAAGAGUUUAGAAAAACAAAAAAUAUUGUUGUUGUCAUUGAAAGCAGGAGGUGUAGGGUUGAAUCUUACAUGUUGUUCUCAUGCAUUCAUAAUGGACCCAUGGUGGUCACCUAGUAUGGAAGAUCAAGCGGUGGAUAGAAUACAUAGGAUAGGGCAGAAAAACCCAGUGACAGUCAUCAAAUUCAUUAUUAGCAAUACAAUAGAAGAAAAAAUGUUACGUAUACAAGACAGAAAAAGAAGUAUUGGUGAGGCGAUGGAUGUAACUGAAGAUACCAGAAGACAAAGAAGAAUCGAAGAAAUUCAAAUGCUAUUUGAAUAA